GUAAACCCUAAAUAUUUGUCCUCCUCUUCGUCUCUCUGCCUGCUUCCGUGUUUUAAAUCGCCUCAAUCUCUAUAAAAGCAGGAGAGAUUCGAUUCGAUUCUCAAAUAUUCUUCAACCUCCCCCAAAUUAAACCUAAAUGCCUUCACUAAUGUUAUCCGACAAGAAAGAGGAGAAGAAGAUGAAGAAGAAGAUAGCCUUGGAAACCCCAGAGCUUGACUCUAAGAAGGGGAAGAAGGAGGCGAAGCUGAAGUUUUCCUCUUCGGAUGAAGAAGACUCGGAGAAGAAGAAGAGUAAGAGGAAGGAGAAGAAGCGUAAGGCUGCGGAGGAUGAUGAGGAAGAAGGGAAGAGCGAUUCGAGCUCUGAGAAGAAGAAGAAGAAGAAGAGCAGCAAGAAGGUUAAGUUGGGUAUUGAAGAUGUUGAAGUUGAUAACCCUAACGCUGUUUCCAAGUUUAGGAUCUCGGCUCCGUUGAGGGAGAUGCUUAAGAAGAAUGGUAUUGAAGCUCUUUUCCCUAUUCAAGCUACAACGUUUGAUAUGGUUCUCGAUGGUGCUGAUUUAGUUGGACGGGCUCGUACUGGUCAGGGUAAAACACUGGCCUUUGUGUUGCCUAUAUUGGAAUCAUUGAUCAAUGGACCUGCGAAGAGCAAAAAGAAGAAUGGGUAUGGCAGGCCACCAAGUGUUUUGGUCCUUUUACCCACCAGAGAAUUGGCCAAGCAGGUGAAUGCUGACUUUGAAACAUACGGAUUAGCACUUGGGUUAACUUCUUGCUGUGUCUAUGGAGGUGAAGGUUAUUCUGCCCAGCAGAAUAGUUUAAGGAAAGGUGUUGACAUUGUGGUUGGAACCCCUGGUCGUGUUAAGGAUUUUAUUAAUAACGAAAAAAUUGAUCUGAGCUAUCUACAAUUCCGUGUGCUUGAUGAAGCUGAUGAAAUGUUGAGGAUGGGGUUUGUUGAGGAUGUUGAAUUUAUAUUAGGGAAAGUGGAAGAUGCUACUAAAGUCCAGACUCUUCUCUUCAGUGCUACUCUGCCACAAUGGGUUCAAAAUAUCUCUCUCAAGUUUCUUAAAAAAGACCUGAAGACUAUUGAUCUUGUUGGUAAUGAUAAAAUGAAGGCCAGUAAUAGUGUACGACACAUUGCUAUUCCCUGUAAUAAGGCAGCCAUGCCUCGGUUGAUUCCUGAUAUUAUCAGUUGCUAUAGCAGUGGAGGCCAAACCAUUAUUUUCGCUGAGAAAAAAGAGGAAGCGAACGAGCUUUCUGGUUUGUUGGCUGGGUCAAGAACUUUGCAUGGAGACAUACAGCAAUCACAACGCGAGGUUACUCUUGCUGGAUUUAGGAAGGGCAAGUUUUCGACAUUGGUGGCUACUAACGUUGCUGCUCGUGGUCUAGAUAUCAAUGAUGUGCAGUUAAUUAUACAGUGUGAGCCUCCACGUGAGGUUGAAUCAUAUAUUCAUCGUUCAGGCCGAACAGGAAGAGCUGGCAACACUGGAGUUGCAGUUACACUUUACGAAUCUAGAAAGUCAAGUAUAUCCAGAAUCGAAAGAGAAGCAGGUAUAAAAUUUGAGUACUUGUCUGCACCUCAGCCUAAUGAUAUUGCCAGAGCUGGUGGUAUGGAUGCUGCUGAGAAAAUUAAACAAGUUUGCGACAGUGUGGUUCCUGCAUUCUUGGAAGCUGCGAAGAAAUUAUUAGAAAAUUCUGGUUUAUCAGCUGAAGUACUCCUCGCAAAAGCUCUUGCAAAAACAGCGGGCUUCACUGAGAUUAAGAAAAGGUCACUUCUUACAUCAAUGGAGAACCAUGUAACACUACAUCUUGAAGCAGGAAGACCAAUACAGUCGCCGUCAUAUGUUUAUGGAAUGCUAAGAAGAGUUUUACCAGAAGACAAGGUGGAGCGUAUUGAAGGGUUGAGUCUAACAGCGGAUAAAAGCGGAGCAGUGUUUGACAUUGUGCAAUCGGAUCUAGACUUAUUCCUUGCAGCUGGGCAAAAGAAUCCUGGAAGUAUGAGCUUGGAAGUGGUUAAGGAGAUGCCUAAACUUCAGGAGAGAGAACCAUUGCCACAAAGAAGAUUUGGUCGCGGCGGUAGCCGGUUCGGCAAUGGUGGUGGAAGGUUCGGCAGUGGUGGCGGUGGAAGCCGGUUCGGCGGUGGUGGCGGCAGAGGAGGAAGAGGUGGCGGCAGAGGAGGAGGUAGGUGGUAGAGGCCAGAAAUAUUGAAGACUCAAACCCUACGUCGUCCCCUUUUGAUAAAAAGAGAAAAGAAAAACUAAACUCUCCUCUUAUAAUAUCUUUAUUCUCUCUUCUUCCCUGAUGACUUCUUCUACAUUAUAGGUGUUUUUGAAUGUUUUUCCCCUUGUUUUUUUUUGGCUGUGAACAAACUUAAGAAGGAGGCUCUCUUGUAUCCUCUUAUCAAUUUUGUGUAAUUUGGGUGAUAAUGAUGAUUAAUUAUUACUUCAUA